GUGUGUGUGUGUGUGUGUGUGUGUGUGCUGUGAGUGUGGGAAAGCUGCUGCAGCCUGGGCCUCCUGUCUUUGUCAUGUUAAUGUGUGUGCAUGUAUAAAUAGAGGAGGGGGCUCCUGGCUCUCCUCACAGCUCACUCUGCUCAAGCUCCACUGAAGCUCCUCUCUGCUCCUCCAUGGCUCCUUGCUCCUCCACACACUCCCAGCUCUCCUCCAAAGACAGACACAAAGUAAGUCCUCCUCUCUGAACUCCCUCCCUUUCUUCCUCUCUCCCUCCUCUCUCCUCUCCUCUUUUCUCUCUCCACCUUUGGCUGACCUGACCUCUUCCUCUCUCUCUCCUCCAGCUGAGGAAACCUCUGGUGGAGAAGCUGCGCAGAGAUCGCAUCAACAGCUGCAUCGAGCAGCUCAAGGUGCUGCUGGAGAAGGAGUUCCACAAACAGGAUCCCAACGCCAAGCUGGAGAAGGCCGACGUGCUGGAAAUGACCGUGGUGUUCCUCAAGCAGCAGCUGCAGCCUCAGAGCCCGCAGAGCCACGGCUACUCCCGCUGCUGGAAGGAGACGCUGCACUUCCUGUCCUCGGACCCCCUGAAGGAGCUGACGCUGCCACACCUCCACCUGCUGCACAGAGGAGGCCGGGACUCCGAGCCCGCGCCGCGCUCCUCUUCCUCACCUCCUCAGCCUGCAGAAAAGCAGCCGUGCAGUCCCCACAGAGACGUGUGGAGGCCGUGGUAGGAACUGAGGAUGGUGAUGGAGGAUCUUCAUCAACAGACCGCGGGACUGCUGUCAUUUCCUUCAUGAACCGGUCCUUUAUUUUGAAAGGACAGAGGAAGUGAGCUGGUGUUACUUCAUGUUGAAGCUGCUCAGGUUGUGCUCUGUUGAUGCUCGCUGUAAACUUUGAGGACAACUUCAUGUUUUCUGAGUGAGACUGACCUUCACUCAUCAUGUCUGCUGCCUUUUACAAAGGCCCCGAGAGUGUGUGUGUGUGUGUGUGUGUGACUGUGUGUGAAGGACAGAGUGUGUGCUCUGAUUUAACAAUAAUUCAGUGUGAAAAUAAAAAGUCUUUUCUUGUAGAAAAACCAGAUAUAUUCUUGUACUCUCUUAGGAGAAACUUCAAAAUAAAAUUAUUUUAUAAUUUAUCCAAGUGUUUUCUGCAUUUUAUUUUUGUGUUUUAUUUUGGCGGGUCAAAAUGAAAACAAAAUUUUUCCUGGAAAUGAGAGGAUUCCUGUUAGUUAAGGAGGGUUCAGUCUGUUGCUGAGAUUGAUUGCAGAGAAAGUGAUUGGGCUUUUCUGUCAUAAAUCAAUACAAACAUCCAGCCUGUGUGUGUGUGUGUGUGUGUGUGUGUGUGUGUGUGUGUGUGUGUGUGUGUGUGUGUGUGUGUUUAGACCGUGCACACCUGCCUACUCUUACCUGAGGGGCAGACUCAGAUCAGCUUACGCCUGCAGACAUUAAAACAGGGCACAGUUUUCCC